CUAAUGUAAGGGCACUGCUAAGAAUCAGGUUUCUUUUUCCUAUUACUGGUGGGCCUGCGGCAGCUGGUCUGGGAGUUUGGGGGUCUGAUCCAGCCUCCUGCAGAGUGAGCCUCUGACCAUGCCAGACUGCUGCAGCUGUGGCGAUGUUUUCCAGUAUGAGACAGUUAAAGUUAUCCGAAUCCAGAGCGCAAACUAUGGCACCAUCAAGUGGUUCCUUCACAUGCUUGUCUUCUCCUAUGUGAGCUUUGCUUUGGUGAAAGACAAGCUGUAUCAACAGAAAGAGCCUGUUAUCAGCUCCGUGCACACCAAGGUGAAAGGGAUAGCGGAGGUGAAGGAGACUCUGGAGAAGGGGAUGAAGGAGACAGUCCGGAGUAUCUUCGACACUGCGGAUUAUACCUUCCCCGUGCAGGGGAACUCUUUCUUUGUGAUGACGAACUUUCGCAAGACUGAAGGCCAAGAGCAGGGGUUAUGUCCUGAGUACCCCACCCGCAGGACGAUCUGUUCCUCUGACAGCAACUGUAAAAAGGGGCGGAUGAACCCACAGAGCAAUGGAAUCCAGACGGGAAAGUGCGUGAAAUAUUAUAACACUACGAAAAAAACCUGUGAAGUCACCGCCUGGUGUCCCAUCGAGACAGCAGAAGAAGCCCCCAAGCCCGCACUCUUGAACAGUGCUGAAAACUUCACUGUGUUCAUCAAGAAUAAUAUCGACUUCCCUGGCCACAACUAUACCACGAGAAACAUCUUUCCAGGUCUAAACACCACUUGCACUUUUCACAAGACUCGGGAUCCAUUGUGUCCCAUUUUCCGACUAGGAGAUAUCUUCCAAGAAACAGGCGAUAAUUUUUCAGAUGUGGCCAUUAAGGGAGGAAUCAUGGGCAUUGAGAUCUACUGGGACUGCAACCUGGACAGGUGGUUUCAGCACUGCCGUCCAAAAUACAGCUUCCGUCGCCUUGACGACAAGAGCAGUGAGUCCUUGUACCCUGGCUACAACUUCAGAUAUGCCAAGUACUAUAAGGAAAACAAUGUGGAAAAAAGAACUCUGAUUAAAGUCUUUGGGAUCCGUUUUGACAUCUUGGUUUUUGGCACCGGGGGGAAAUUUGACAUCAUCCAGCUGGUCGUGUACAUCGGCUCAACCCUCUCUUACUUUGGCUUGGCCACUCUCUUUAUUGACUUUCUCAUCAGCACUUACUCAAGUAAAUGCUGUGGCUCUCAAGUGUAUCGCUUUUGCAAGUGCUGCGAGCCCUUUGCUGUCAACGAAUACUACCACAAGAAGAAGUUUGAGAACAUCGUGGCGCCCAAGUCGACAUUAAAGUAUGUGUCCUUUGUGGAUGAAUCCAACAUUAGGAUGGUGGACCAGCAGCUACUUGGGAGACGUCUGCAAGAUGUCAAAGGUGAAGAAGUUCCAAGACCCUUGAUGGAAUUUAGAGAUUUGUCCAGGUUGGCCCUGUCAGUCCACCCCUCACCCCCCAAGCCUGGACAACCAGAGGAGAUAGAGCUGCUUAGUAAAGAGGAGACCUCUACUUCCCAUGGCAGCCCAGACUGGUGCCAGUGUGGAAAUUGUCUCCCAUCCAAGCUUCCUGAGAGCCACAGGUACCUGGAGGAGCUGUGCUGUAGGAAAGGGAAGGGGCAAUGCAUCACUACCUCAGAGGCAUUCAGGAAGCUCAUCCUGUCCAGAAGCACCCUGCAGUUCUUCCUGCUCUAUGAGAAGCCUUUGCCGGAGCCGGAUGCUGAUUCUUCCAACAGGGAGCUGCGGCACUGCGCCUACAGGUGCUAUACCGCCUGGCGCUUCGGCUCCCAGGACCUGGCUGACUUUGCCAUCCUGCCCAGCUGCUGCCGCUGGAGGAUCCGGAAGGAAUUUCCUAAGAGUGAUGGCAAGUACAGCGGCUUCAAGAGUCCCUACGGAUGCGGGGCUCAGCAGUCAUAGCAUCGUUGCCUUUGCUUACACCUUGAGCUUCACCUGCAAAGGGCUAUGGCCAAAUUUUCAGUCGAAGGGAAAAGUGCUUUCCUCUCCUAUAGCUCUAUAUGUGUCAGAGAGCUGUGGGACCUGGGCAAAACACCAAAUUACAAUCCUCCGCAUGGACAAAGAGUCAAGAGGUAUGGAUUUAUGUCACAAUUCUUUGAGAACUAUUUCAGUUGAGCCAGAUUUAUGUCAGUUCUGGAAGGACCAAUUGCAACCUGUAUAUGAACUUUCUUGGUAAUGCAUAAACAGCUGUAUGAAUGCAAAGCAGCUCAUGACGUCAGACUAGAAUGAUGUCCAACUAUGAACAAACCCGUUGGAUACUAGUUGGAGAAUGUAGAGGGUUAAAAGCGGCCACAAGCUCUCUGGUACUUGUCCUUCACUCAGGACUUGAGGGUUUCGUCUCCUCUUGCAUCUGGGCAGCUCUGAUCACUUUAUGCAGAGAGGAAGUGUUGUUGGGUCAGCUUCAGGGCCUUGAUCUUAAGAAUUUGGCAGCUUUCACUUCCUGCUCUUGGCACCCAUGCUGUGAAGAAAGCCAGUGCCCGGGUAAGACCCUACCUAUCUUGAGACCUCCCUGCUUUGAGGGAGCUCAAGCAGCCAUGUGGAGAACAGAUGCCCGACCUGACCCCAGCUUUUAAGCCAUCCAAGCCUACACCAGACAUGGGAGAGAAGAAGUCUUCAAGUGAUUCUAUAACACUGCAACUUCCAAGACAUCCCAAGUGAUUGCUGUUCACUAAACACAGAGAAUGAAUCACUAUUUUAAGCCACUAAGUUUUGGGUUGUUACCCAGUAACAGAAGCUUCCAUGCUACAGUUCUAAGGGAGGCUGCACCAUCCCUGGAGCCCCUCAGGUGCUUAGGUUUUUACUCAGCAUUGCCAGGAGGGCUGCGGAGCCAAAUCUGGUAACUCAUCAGCCCAGCCCUAAGUCCAUCAAAGCUAACCGUUGAGCUGCUUGAUACAUUCCAAUCUGCGUCACAGUUCUAUGACACAGUUCUAUGGGAAAUAAUGACUGCUAACAACCAGAAAAAGUCAUUUUUAUGCCUUUAACAUCCUAUAUUUUGCAGCCAACCAGCCUGAAUGUUAUUUGAAGCAACCCAAGCAGGCCGUUAUCAUUUCUAUACAUCACCUGCAAAGAAUAUGGAAAUGGACAGUGGCAGGCUUUAGGAUCCUCUCGCGGGAUUUCCUUUUCCUGAUUUUGGCGCUAGAAUAGACUAUUUCCAACAACAACUACAACUCUUUUAAAGAAUGGAGACCACUCUCCAACACUGUGAUGAUGAAGUAGGAUCUGUGACAUUUUUGAUACAUACUCUAAUUUUUACCAUCUUGACACUGAAUAAAACCAUCCACCUCCUACCGUAUUAAUGUAAAAUGACAACAAAAUCCUUCUUUUCUUGUCCUAGAAUUUUAUCUGGCUUCAAACUCAGGAAUCAAGUUAACUAGGCCAGACUGGACUUUCAUUUUUACUACCUUUCAGAGAUAUUUUUGAAAAGUGAAUUACAUGUGACUUCCUUAGAACGCACAUUUUUUACUCCAAGAAUUCUAUGUAAUUAGUACAGAUUUCCAUUUCUGAUGUCUUCUCAGUCUUUCUACCUUUUUUUUUUUUUUUUAAUUUGGUUCCUUAUUCCCAGCUUGUUUCUAUCACCUUAGGGAGGUCCCAGAUGGAAUCAAGAAUUGAGAAUGACAAAUAACACUGAAUCCACCUACUGUUCUCCUUCACUUUCCCCAGAGGCCUGGAGGUGAGAGGGUGAUGUGUUACAUAAACUGUGUGUAAAAUGUCUGACACCUCCUAUGACAGUGCACUUCCUAUUUGUAUUCUUAUUUUUAGCCUACUGCUUAAAAUAAUGUCAUUGCCAAAGGCAUCACAAGGAGACCCGCAUUUUGUAGGAUCGGUUUUCUUCUGUUCUGAUAAUUGCUGGGCAUUUGCUGCUUCUUUGUGCCAGCGAUCUGCUUUCUUGUAACAGGUCAUGGGCCUGCACUUCUCUUUAGAGGGGACCAUUUUAUAAACCCUUCCUAACUCUGGCUUGGUAACUAGACUGUUUUGCUCAUUAAAAACUAAUAAUGUCAUAAUUCAUAUUUAUUGAAGUGUUCCUUUUCUCAGAAGAUCCUCAAAUCACAGCUCACACACUGACAUUUUCAUUCACCCUAUGAAUGAACUGAGGUGCUAUGACAGAAUAAGAUACAUGCUUGGUCUAUGCCCCUAGUUCCUGACACAGCUCCUAAACCCCUUAGAAAUUCUUGGGUGAGGGCCUCCCUGUGGCGCAUUCCUGGCCGGUCAGGGAGAAACCCACAUGGCAAGGAAGAUCUCUCCUGCCGCCCGCUGCUCCCCUCAGCAGUGUCUUUGGUCUGUCUGCCUGUUCUGCUCCCCACUCUGUCUCUAGUGAAUUCUCUCACCCUCCCGUGCCUCUGACUGUACCCCAGUUCUUAUAUAAAUAAAUA